GGGCUUACGGCAAUCCUUGUGCUCAUACCCUUACGAUGCCGUCGUGUGUAGUACGAAAUUGUAAAAAUAAUUCGUGGAGAACGAAAAGACAAAAAAUCAGUUAUUUAUCAUUUCCCAAGGAAACGGAAAUGAUUGAAAGAUGGAAAAUUGUAUGCAAAGAAGGUGUUAACCUUAAAUACGCUCGUAUCUGUUCGAAACAUUUUCAUCCUUCACAAUUUGAAAAUAAAUCGUGGUUACAAGAUUUCGUUGGAAAAUCUGCGAAUGUACGAGUAAAACUAAGACGUGAUGCAGUUCCAUUGAUAGCUGUAGAGGACAACAAAAUUUCCAUGGAUAACGAUUUAGAAGUAGAUAUUGCACAGCCCGUUGCCCGUUGCUCGUUUAAUCCAGGUAUAGAUUGUGCUGCGUCGACCUCCACAUCGAGCUGUGCAUCUCAAGCUGCGCUGAACACUGCAGUGGUUCCUAACAUUGAUAUCUCUCAGGAAAUGGAGAGAGUUUCGGUUCUCUACCCUGAUGAAAUUUAUUCUUCUGAUGAAAUUUAUUUGUCAAACCAAGAUCAAAUUGAAGAAACUAAGGAGAAAGUGUAUGUGUAUGUUGUAUUGAAAAAUUAAAAAAAAGUGUAUGAAUAAGAACCCUGUGCUGCAAAUUCUUACAAGAAAAAUUCUUGUGAGAGCUUCUAAGAAAAUUUUUACAUACGAAUUUCGGACAAAAAUAUACAAGAUUGUAUAAGAAUAUAUCGCAUAUAAUACCUGUAUGUAAAUCCAGAAUCUUGCAUGAAUCUUACUCAUGUUACAUGAAUCUUAUAUAAGCAUGUUACAUGACCCUUACACACAUGUUACUUGAAUCUUUCGCGCAUGUAACGUGAAUCUUGCAAGAAUAUAAUUGGAGUGUCAUUAUGAAAAUAUUACAAGAAUACUAUUGGAAUUUUGUGUGAUUUAUUGCUCGUAUCCCAGUAAAUGAAAUGGAAUGGGACAAGCAAGGAGUUGAAUGGGAUUUAAAAGAAUUUAUUUUGGCUAAAAAUUAAUUCUUUUUACAUAAAUUGAAUAACGGCUUCUUGAUUAAAUUAAAUUUAAUUUGAGAAAAGAUCAUAAAAAGCCUACGCCAGUUAUACAGGGUCAUCGAAAAGUAUCGGACCCCUCUAAUAUCUUCAGUUAGAAUGCAUUUUGGAGAAAA